GACUGGGUGACUUGGGCUCGGGAGGAAAUGGUCCGGUGUACAGGACGGGGUGGUCUUCGGCUCAGUCUGCUCCGGGGGAGAGUUCUCCGGUUGUCCGAGAUGGUUGGGUUUAGUUUAGUUUCACUCACGCCUCGAGGGGUGCGUUGUUCGGUGACCGGGUUGUGGAUUGGACUUGUGGGAGAUUGGAAUGGUGUUUGUUUGUUUGUUUGGUGGGCAGGCUACAGUGCACUUUAUGGACUGUAUGUGUUGAGUUCUACUUUCUACUUGUUGCGUUGGUUGGGGUUAGGGUUGACGGCGCAAGAAUGAGCCCGAUUUUCGGGGUAUCUGCAACGCUUUGGACAGUACUGUUCUGUACUCUGCCUAGCAUCUGUAGUGCUCCAUCAGUACUCACAAAAUAGCUAGAGAAUCUGUACGCAAGAGAUACACUCCUUCGU